AGCGCAAGAGAACUCUGCAACAAAAUAAACUCACCAAGUGUCAUUUUAAAGGAUUAAUCCUUUAACAGUUUUUCCUUUUGAUUGAGACAAAAUUAGCCAAAAAAAAAUACGGUGAAAAGUCGAAAAGUUUUGAUGUAAGGAUGGAUAACAUCAUGAGACGAUUGAUAACAUUGAUUACUGAAUAAAUUAUUCUUGAUGUUGAUGGCACUUGGUCUGCGUGAGUUGUGCACAAUUGUGCAAGACUCUACGCGAUUAUGUCGCCAAGAAGUGUCAAGUGUGCGCGGGCAAAAGUGCCUAGAAAAGGUCAAAAAGUGCGUGGUUGUGUGACGCGAAGGUUAGGUGAACGGACAAGGCAAGAGCGUGGACGGAGAAACGUGGUCGAGACAAUGAUAACGGGUAAAAAGCUCAAGGCAAACGAUGACGCUGGCGCUGUUGAGCCUGAGACAAGUCGAUUUAUUGUAACGCGCACGCGUCAAUCCCUGGAGCUUGAUGCACUUGACAGCGCCCCGCUGCUAAAAUCCUUGAAAAAAAAUCACCAACAAAAACCAAUAACCGCAGAUGAUAUUGAUCAGAAUGAAUCUUCUGCAGAUAGCCAAACUUCAAUCAUUGACAAUGCUGAAGACAACGAAUUUAAAAUAAGUAAAGAAUCUAGAUUUAAUAAUUUUAAAAAACGUAGAAAACAAAAAAUAACAGAUGACAACUUGUCGUAUUCUUCUACAGUAUUAAAUAAUUCUUUACUAUCAAGCUCAACAAAAGUAUCUGAAAAUUAUCCACUUAUCGAGCCAAAGGUCAAUCCACUAGUAGCUUGUCCAAGCUCGCCGACUCAUCAAACAGUCACGCACGCGCCUUUAGAGACCCUGAAAAAUGUCCUCGAAGGAUAUGAUCAAAGUCAAAUUUACCUUGCUCAUGUAUCAUUUCUUGAUUGGCGAGAUCUACCAGGCAAACGUACAGUUACUCGCGAACGUAUUUGGGUAGUUGGUGCUGCUGAUCAUGGUGGAAGACAUCGAACAAGACUUUUAGUUGCUGGUCGUCAUUGGCGGCCCAAUUGUCUUAAUAAUGUAAAUAUGAUUACACAGCCAGUUAUUUAUGCUGGUGGAGGUAGUGGUGCUUUAACAGCUGAUCUUUUUUUAUGGUGGUUUCAUAGAGAAUUUGCUACCACAGCUGUUGCCAUGCAUCCUAAUGGUGCAAUUUUAGUUGCUGAAGAAGCAGAUUAUUUACCACCUGAAAUAGAAUGUAUAACAGCUGAUGGUCUUGUUAGAUUAUUUAUUGUUCCAAGAGACGUUUUAGAGCCAAAAAUUGUUGCUAAUGAACUUAGAGUUAGACUAGCUGUAGCUUUGCUGACAAAUGUACGUAGUCAACUUGAUCUUGAAGAAAGAUGUGAAAGAAAUUUAGACAAACGAAUACGUAGAUUUACUUUGAAAGAAGCUUUUUUUGAACUUCAUCGUGCAUGGUUAGCAAUUCGCUCAGAAACUUUUACUCGUAGCUGGAUAUUAUUUCAAGAACAUGAAGAUAGUCAAACACUUCCUCCUCCUGGUCCAACACUUUCAAAACGACCACAUCAAGCAAAUCAUCAUCAUGAGGAUCAACAAUUGAUUGCAGAGUUGAGAGAACUGACAAGUGAAGUAGGUCUCAAUGUUGGAGAUAUUGAAUUUGAGCAAUGGUUGAUAGAUGAUGAAAGCAACUUAGCAAAGUGUGUCAAAAAAGAAUUUGAUGAAGAUAAUAUUAAUGAAAAGCAAGAGAAUUUUAAUGAGUUUGAUAUAGAAGAUGAUGCUCCUAAUGCCAAAGAAACAGUUCGGCUUUUAUCUCGGGUGUUAUUAUGGAUGGAACGAGAACCACUUGACCCUGGUUUGCUUCUUGCGGUCAGGUCGAUGAGAGAUACUGCUGCAUUAAUGGCAAGCAAAAUGGGAAUUGCAUGUGGGCAUCCAGGAGGAUUACCAGCAUUCUUUAGUCCAAAUGGUGAUUUAUUGCAUUCGUCAAAUCCACCACCUGCACAUAUGGGAAUUGGACCUUAUGGAGUCACAGACGCAGGAAAGGCGGCCGGUGAGUACUGGCCAUCAACAACACAAGGGUCACCUACACAUUCAAAUCACUGGAAACAAUUUAUCGCAGCAUCCAGAGGUUUAACGAGGCCUUCAAUGUACCCCUUUCCAACGGGACAGUAUCCUUAUCCAAUUUUGAGUCCGGAAUCAAUGCAAGUUGGAUCCUGGCACGCACCAAGUAUGUAUUCAAUUCCAUCAGCAGGUGCUGGUUUCAGAAGUCCAUAUCCCACAAGUUUACCCAUCACAGGCACCAGUUUACCAAGUGAAUUGUAUCGGUUUUCACCGACGGGUCUAAUGCCACCUCAUCCAGGUCUCAGUCCGCAUGCACAUGCACUUGCAUCACACGCACUUGUAUCAUCAGCACCAAAAGUGGAUCAUUCUAGCCUAGAUCAUAAUCACAGGUCUUCGAUAGAUCAAAAAAAUUCAUCUUCAUUAUCAUCAGACAACACAAAAACUCAAGACACUGGACAACAAAAUAAUCAAGACAAAAAGAAACCCCACAUAAAGAAGCCUUUAAAUGCAUUUAUGCUGUAUAUGAAGGAAAUGAGAGCGAAAGUCGUGGCAGAGUGUACCUUAAAAGAGAGUGCCGCUAUAAACCAAAUUCUGGGGAGGCGGUGGCAUUCGCUAAGCCGAGAGGAGCAGGCGCGGUAUUAUGAGGCGGCGAGACAGGAGCGCCAUCUUCAUCAACAACGCUACCCCGGCUGGAGUGCCAGGGAUAACUAUGGAUAUGGCAGCAAGAAGAAGAAGAGGAAGAAAGAACGAUCCACUGAUCCCACCGGAGGUAAUAAUAUGAAGAAAUGUCGUGCCAGGUAUGGCUUAGAUCAACAAAGUCAAUGGUGCAAACCUUGCAGGCGUAAGAAGAAAUGUAUCAGAUAUAAAGGGGAGGGAGGAGAUGGUGAUGUUGAAGGUGAUGGUGAUGUCGAUGAUGAUCAUUCAGAGGAUAAUUUGGGUAGUGUAGGGGAGGCAGGUACUCCCGAAGAGGACGAAUCACUUAGUAGUCCAGGUGGUCUAUCAGCAUUAUCUAGUCUUGCAAGUCCAUCACUUGUAUUACCAUCACCAUCAAGUCUUGCAAGUCCAUGUCCUUGUCCUUUAACACCACCAGUAUCACAAUCUUCAUCAUCAUCAUUAUCACAUAAUAUGAAUCAUGUACAACCACAACCACAUCGUAAUCCAGUUGGUACAAAUCCACAUGAUAUUAAUAAUCCAUUGAGUGUCAAUCAAUUGACUGGUCAGUGUAUUAAAAGUGAAGUUGGACCAUCAAAUUCAGCGAUAAGUGUUACGUAGCCCUGGGCAGCCCCAUUUGACAAAACUCUUAAAUUCAGUGUCAUCGGGGUUCAUUUAAAUAUUAACUCGGAGUUACUUGGCAAUUAUUUUGAUAAUUAUUUUUCAACAAAAUCAUCAUUAUCGUUUAAAUACAACAUUCAAAAAAAAAAACAUAUAUCAUUUCGAUAUUUUAUUUUCUUUUUAUUAUUAAUCAAAUUAUUUUUUAAUUUUUGUUAAUUUUUCAAAAAAAUAACAACAAUAUUUAUUAAAUUCAAUAUCAACGAAAUAUAUUUGAUAUAUGAAAAUUAAAAAAAAUUUUUUAACAAAAUAAAAUUUCAAUAAAUACUCAGGACCAAGUGUCUAGUUGUAAGUCACCUUCUCUCUCGUGGAUUACCACGUGUGCAAUGCCAAGUGACUGAUUAAUUAAAAGAAAAAAAAAAAAAUGAAUUAAACAAGAAAAAAAAUAAUAAGAGAAAGCGAACAAAAAAAUUAAAAUAAAUAUAAUAUAAAGUAAAUUAGAAAAAAAAAAAAUAAUAAUUAAAUAAUGAGAAUAAUGAUAAAGUGCGAGUGACUCAGUUUGUAGUCCUUGUUACAUUGUGAUGCCAAUGACUGAGGUCAUGUUCCUGUGCCAGGUACUAUAUUCUAGAAAAAAAAAUAAUAAUAAUAAUAAUAAUAAUGAAAUAUAAGAAUAAUGUGAAAAUGAAAAAAUUAAUGAUAUCCACAGACAGACAAAUGGAGAAAUUAAUUUUAAUGAAAAUUGUCUAAAGGUAGCCUUUUAUUAUAUAUUUCAUUUUAUUCGAAUUUCAUGUGUCAAAAUACCUAUUCUGUAUGUAAUUUGUUAUUUUUUUAAAAGUCUAUACACAAGUAAUUAGCGUGUAAGACCAUUUUUUUUUAUUUUUUUUUAAAUUUUCUUUACGCCCCAUUUUUUGUUUCGUUUAUCACAAAAUUAAACACCCUUUGUGUUCAGAUUGUCCUCCUGAACUUUUUCAAUUAAUUUUUAUUUUUGUUAAUUAAAAUUCAAGUUUUAGUUUAAGUUGUAUAAAAAACAAAAAUUUUCAUUUUAUAAUUUUUAAGUAUUUUUAAAAUUUUUUUUACUAAUUUGACAUACUCUUGACUGUUAAUUUUUUCAUUCAUCGAGAUUUUUGGUGUAUUUUUUAUUGACGAAUAAAUUCUGUAUUUAUGAUAAUUGAAUUUAAAAACAAAAAUUAAAUAAUAUUUAAAAUUUGUUAUUAAAAUUACACCAAAACCGAUGAUUGAAUUUUUUUUUUUUUUAAAUUGCCUGUGUUAAUUCCCAUUAUUCUGAAGCAUUUUUAUUUUGUCCCAUAAUAUUAAAGUAAAAAUAAAAAAUUAAUGAUAAUUCUAUUAAUUGUUUUUUAUAAGAAAGAGGCCAAAUGUAUUUUGCGAAAAGUUGUUUUGUGAAAAAAAAGCCAUAAAACAGGGAUAAUUAAAUCCUAGAAAUUUUUUUUUUCUUUUGUAAAAUAUUUUAUUAUCAGCUUUGUCUAAAAAUAAUUGAUAAAAUUGUUUAUUAUUAUUAUUUUUGAUUCUCGUGAUUGUGUUUGAAUCAAAUUUGUAAUUUUUUAUUUGAAAAAAAAAAAAAAAAAGACAUUUUCCGUGCAAUUUUAUUGUGAAAAUGAUUAAUUAAUAUUUUAUUCUCGUUGAGAUUUUUCUUUUUUUUUUUUAAUUCAUUGGUGUUGUAAAUUGUGGACACACAAAAUCUAUGGCAGAAAAUUUUCUUUUUUUUUUUUUAAAUUGUUUUUAUAAAACAACCCAGUAGUUAAUUAACUGUUUUUUUUUUAUUUUUUAUUUUUUGUGUAUAAUUAUUUUUGUACAUUGCAUAUACCUUUUGGUGCAAUCUGUUCAACCAUAUUCUAUCAUUCUACCAAUCAAAAAAAAAUAAAUAAAAGACACAAGAGCAAAAACAAAAAUUGUGAAAUAAUAAAUAGUGAAAAAAAAAAUUAAAAAUAGAAUUUGGUUUUAAUUUAGACAAACCCGAUAAAACUGCUGUAAAUAGUUAAUUAAAAAAAAUAAAAAUAAUAAGUUAUAAGGUGCAUUUAUGAAGAAUGGGAAAGUGCAAUGGGAGAAGCUUUGAUUUAUAAAAUGACGAUAUAAAUCAUUUUUAUUUAAAAAGAAAAAAAAAAUUAACAAAUGUAUACGCAACGCAAUUGUUUGAAUGAAAUUAAUUUGUAACAAUAGUAAUAGUUUCUCGACUGAAAUGAAGAAAUUAAAUCAUGCAAAAAUAUAAUCAUCAUAACUGUGAAAGCGUCACUGAAUAGUUACACUGAAAAAUGUGCCAUAAUGACAUCAUGCCAAUAUUAAUUGAUAAUACAAUAUUUUUUACAAUUAAAUAUUUCAAAUUUAGCUUCGUCAAUGAUAUUUGCUUGUCGAAAUAUAUUUUUAAAUUCAAAUGUCAUUUUUAUCAUGUAAGGGUUUUUAAACUUUAUUAUUAACAUAAAAUUAUCAUUUAUUUUUAAAUCAAAAUUGUCAACUAUUUUUUUACAAAAAGAAAAAACAAAAACUAAAAAAAAAAAAAAUCAAAAAAUCAUUUUUAAAAGUAGAAAUAUGAUGCAAAUUUUAUUUGAAAUUAAAACAUUCGCAUUUCGUGGUAGAAAAAAAUCAUUGACGAAGCCAGUUACGAAAUUAUAAAAAAAAAAAAAAAAAAGACUAUAUAUUGUACUUUGUGUACACGAUUUUUAUUAUUUGGGAAAAUAAAAAAUACGAUAAAAGUCGCGAGGGUUUAUUGAUUACAAUUGACAAAAAUGAAAAAAUAAAAAUGAUGAAUAAUCUUCGACAAAGGCCUAGAACUCGUGCUCGUUGUAAAAAUUAAAAAUAAACAAAAAAUUCGUUACGAAUUCUAGGAUCAUAAAUAGAGAGAAA